ACAAUAUCAUUUUGCAGAACAUUAUAGUCGUAAAUACUUGUAUCUAACAAAACAAACAGACAACAAAUGUCAAAAAAUAUGAAUGAAAUGCAUAUUUAACCUUUAAUUUACGCAAAAACCCCAAAAUUAUUUUUCUGUGACAACUUCCGGUCAAAUUCAAAAUGGCCUCCAAAGUUUACAGUGAAAAAAACAACAAUACGAACUCACAAAACAGUGAAAAGUUUUCCUCUUCCAGAUUUAUUAUAUUGACAUUAUGAGUUUAUUAUGUUUUCCUUGUUUUUUGAUAACUUUUCUUUCUACGUAAUAAAUAAUUAAAGACCUGUUUCUGCAAAAAAUCGUAUACCUGAAUCUCAAACGUGCAGACGGGCACAUGAAAAAACAUUAUAACUGGCAAAUACCAUUAACAAACUGAUGUAAGUGAAACACGAAUGUUUCGUAAAGUGAAUUAAAAGACAAUUAUUUAAAAUAAUAUGUGAUACAGUUGCAAAAUGGUUAGUUCUAAUGGAUGAGCAAUCUUUGAAUGAACUCCUUGAAUGUUCAGUCUGUCUGGACAGACUUGACCAUACAAGCAAGGUUCUUCCUUGCCAACAUACAUUUUGUAGAAGAUGUCUUGAAGAAAUUGUCAGCACAAAAGGAGAACUCCGCUGUCCUGAAUGUAGAUAUCUUGUAGAAAUUAGAGUUGAAGAGCUUCCUUCAAAUAUUCUUUUGAUAAGACUGCUUGAAGGUAUUAAAACUAAAACAUGUACAGAAAGAUCAAGAUCUCCAGGCAGAUACACAAAUGAUGAAUUGUCUCCUGGUUCAGCAACUGACAGACAUUCGAAACAGUCUGUUGGAAAGCUGCCAUGUGCUAAAGCAUUGUACAAUUACGAAGGAAAAGAUUCUAAUGACUUGUCAUUCAGGAAAGGUGAUAUUAUUAUCCUAAAGAAACAGGUUGAUGACAAUUGGUUUCAUGGAGAAUUCAACUCACACCAUGGUGUUUUUCCUGCUUCAUAUGUACAGGUUCUUGUACAACUCACAUCCAAUGUUCCCCAAUGCAAGACUUUAUAUGACUUUGAAAUGAAAGAUGAAAGUGAUAAGAAAGAUUGUCUGUUCUUUAAAAAGGAUGAAACCAUAACGGUAUUAAAAAAGGUGGAUGAUAAUUGGUUGGAGGGUAGGAAAGGUGAAAAGAUAGGAAUAUUUCCUGUAUCCUUUGUUGAUAUGAAUGAUGCUGCAAGGUCUCUUAUUAAUUCUCAAUCAAAUCCUUCCUUGCAUGCCGGUAAUUUAAUUUUGCAUGAUCAAGGUUCUGGGGAUGGAGUGCCACAUUCCUCUCCCCUUUCUUCUUUGGGUACUCAAAUGCCACAACAGAAGCGGCAUUCAUAUACAGCAUCCCCUCAGAAAUCAUCAACGGCAGCUAGUCAGCAUAAUAGAAGAUCUCUAGAGUUAAGCAGCAGUGGGAAUUUGGUAAUUGUACCAUCUCCUCACCUUCCCAGUAGGUCAAGGUCACCUCCACCAGUACCAGUUCAUAAUAGUCAGUCAGCUACCUCAGCUCUAAAAACCUCCGUUUUAUCUAGUAAAUCUUCUGUGACCAGUAGAAACUCAUCAUCCACAGCUAGCAAACCUUCAUCCUCCACAGGGAGUAAACUUAAUUCAGCAUUUCAGGAACCUGGAACUUCUAGAAAGUUUGACAAUUCAUCGGAAGCACAGACAGGACCAGCAAUAGUAGAUGCCUCUAAAAUUUCUGGUAUUAAUAGUCCUGUAUAUACAGCAUUAUUUAAUUAUAAACCUCACAGAGAGGAUGAAAUAGAACUGAGGAAGGGAGAUUACUACACUGUAUGUGAUAAAUGUCAAGAUGGAUGGUUUAGAGGACAGUGUUUAAAGACUGGGAAACCUGGUGUUUUCCCUGGCAAUUAUGUACAAAUGGUCAGGUUACCAAGUGCAUUUCUUCCUGUCAGUGGUAAUGUGAUGAAUAUUCAUUCAAAAGGAAGCCAUUCUUUGGCAUCAUCUUCAUCUGCUCCUGCUGUGACUAUGUCAAGUUCAUCAGGUCACAGAACAAGUACAUCACCAAUAAGGCCAGGGUCGUCACCAUCACUUCAAAACUCAUCAUCACAGCAAGCAGAGUCAUCUUCUGGUCCCCCUCCCAUCACACCUAGAAGCUCAAAAUCAUUAGCUAAACUUUCUUCAUCAGCGCCAUCACGAUCAGCAGCUAACAGUAAAACCUCAUCUCAUUCUUCAGCGAGUAACAAAUCAUCAGCGACAAAAUCAACAAAUUCUGGAUCAUCAUCACCUAGAACAGCUUCUAGUAGAUCAUCCUCAUCAUCUUCACUUAAGCCAGGAGAUAGCAGUGGAACAAAAGCGAAAUCCCCACACCGCCAUACAAAUCACAAUGGUCCAACAGUAGGUAUGGAAGGUCACCUUGACCUUAGUGUGACCUCAGGACAUUCCAGUCAUCGUACAUCUAGCUCAAAACAAGUCGUUUAUAGAAAGCCUAAUGCCGUUGGAAUGCCACAAGUAAUGUCUGCCUCUUCAAACAUCACACCACCUAAUGUUGUGGCUGGGGCCACAGGAGAAAUACCUGGGGUCAAGGAUAAUAAGAAGGACAAGAAAGAAAAGGAGAAACUAAGUCUGGUAAAAAGACUGACCUCUGGUAAGAGCAAGAAAUCAAAAUCCCCUGGACUAGAAAGUGAUGGGUCUGGCACAGAGAGUAUUGGUAAUCAUGUCAGAUCUGGGUCUUGUCCAGCAGAUAGUAAUAGUCUGUUUGGAGCAGAGGGAAGUCAGCAUAUGAAAACUGGUUCCUUUGAUUCAACUGUUCCUCUUGUACCUCAGCAAAAAAUAAGUAGACCAAAAACUGUAGUUAGAGAAAAAUACAGAUGUGUUGUUUCCUAUCCACCUCAGAGUGAUGUUGAACUAGAACUGAAAGUGGGAGAUGUUGUUUAUGUUCAUAAGAAAAGGGAAGAUGGAUGGUUUAAAGGAACUCUUCAAAGAUUGGGAAAAACUGGACUUUUUCCUGGAAGUUUUGUAGAAAAAUGUGAAAUUGUAUGAAAUUAUCAUAACAGCACAAUGAAUGCAAGUGUUGAUUCAUGUUUACAGUAAUGUCCAUGUAUGUGAAAUUGCUUUAUAAUGUGUGACUAGUUUUUGUGAUGUUUGAAAUUUGAUAGUAAAAUAGUUAUUGAUUUUAUGGUUUCAUAUUUUUCGCAGGACAAAUAUUUUAUUAAUGAUUCGGAUAAUAAAAAAAGGUAACCAAUGAAAUUUUUACCCAUCUAAUAAGAGAUUACAGAACAAAUAGAUUUGUUUAAGUUUUGAAUGUUUAAGAAUGGGUAGGUAAGCCAGUUUCUUCUUAUAGAACAUGUUUACUUCUUUGCCAUUUGGUCUCUGAUGGAGAGUUGUGUCAUUGGCAAUCAUACCACAUCAUCUCAUUUUCAGGUGUACGGAAAAUCUAAAAUAAAAAAGAUACAAAUUAAAGAACACUUAGCUAAACUACAAUUGGAGGAUACAACUAACCCCUGAUAAAUAAAUGUUUCAAUUGUUUCAAAACAAGUAAAAGAAGGAUAUAUAUAGCAAUGUUCAUAUAUUUCAUUGUGUCAGUCAAUUUUGUAAAUAGUACAUGUUUAGUGCCACAAUUAUUAUAGUGCUGUAUUAGCAUACAGUGUAUAUUUAAACUUAGUGCUGUUACCUCGCCAUGUGUCAUCUAUUUGAGUGUCAUUUGAUUACAUUCAAUAACAUUAAUAUUAUCUCAAGAUGGGUACCACUUUGGCCAGAAAGAUCUAGGAAUGGAGAAAAUAGAAUAUCUGUCAGAAUUUAAAAUUUUGGGAAUGUUUAUAAAAAAAGUUGUAUAAGAAUUACACAAUUUAGUACACUUAAAAAUUUUAAUAGUUUCAUACUGAAAACUUUAUGAUUGUUAAUAAAACAGCAUCUUCAUGAUACUUUGACUUGACAGUUCCAGAACUUUUGUGUUUACAUAAAUAUUUUGGAAAGUACGUUAUAUUUGGUAAUGUUUGAAAUAAAAUUUAAGAUUUUUUCAGAAGAAUAAGAUUUCAAACACAAUGUAAAUCAUCUUCAACGACAAAUGCCUGUUUCGGUAUAAUAAUUUGUUUAUGUAUACAUGCAGGCUUUUGUAUUUACUUGAUAUUAAAUUGUAUAUUAUAUUCUGUAAUGCCCUCUAUAGUACAUUUUUCAAGAUGAGAUUGUCAAUAUUAUUAUUGGGCUUUGACCUCUUACUUUAUUUGAGUUCACAUGCAAUGUUCUUGAUGCAUUUGAAAAUUUGGAGAAAGGAAAAUAGGUUGUUAUGGAAAACUAUUUCUUUUCAUUUCUAUUAAAAAUAUUCUAAAAAAUGUAUGCUGUAUACAUGUAUAUAUGUAUCAAUGUUAUUUCAUUUAUAAAAAAGUCUCCAAAUCAUUUUAACAAAUACUUUUAGGCUAUAUUUUGCUAAUAGUAAAAUGAUGGUUACAUAUUUAAGAAAUAACUUCACAUUGAAGACCUUUUUAUUAUUGCUAUUCAGAUCCAUUUAUUUUAUUUUAUCUGUAGUGCAAGAUUAUAAAUUGGAGCACAUAGAAAUAAUUGCCAAUAAACUAACAAAAAUAUAUGUAAAACUUUACCUUAAAUAAGAAAUAAGAAUAACAAACAAAACUUUAUAGUGUAGUUUAUUAACCUCUCUGUAUGAUAUUUCUAUGUGUGAUUUUAGGUUAAGAAAAAUAUGAUGUUGUAUGGUAGUGGCAUUGUAUGGUAGCGGCAAAUGUCUUUUGUUCAUGUUUUUGACAGCGAUACAUUUAUUAAUGGUUUUCACUUGUUUAAUAAAGUAAGACGUGUGCUCCAGUUAUUUUGUUUUCAGGAAUUUUAUUUUUAAAAAACUUCAAAAUAAAAUUACAAAUGUAUAGAUGUAAAAGUUUGAACAAAUAUAUUAACUUACUAUCUGUGUAAUGAGUAAUGAAAACAGCAAUUUUUGUACAGUUAAAGUUUGUGUAGAAACAGCUUGAAUGGUGAUAAUAUGUGCUUCCAUCUGACAAUUAUAGGCGAAAAUACAUCAGUCAGUAUUGUUCUGUGAUAUAUCAUGUGAUCUAAGUAUGCCACCUGUUGUAGUCAUGUGACCUUCAUUGCAAUUCAUCCAUUCUGUAGUCAUGUGACCUUCAUUGCAAUUCAUCCAUUCUGUAGUCAUGUGACCUUCAUUGCAAUUCAUCCAUGUUGUAGUCAUGUGACUUUCAUUGCAAAUCAUCCAUGUUGUAUUAUAGGUUGUCAUAAGUUUUAUUUUGUGAAAGUAUAUUUUCAUCUAAGAGACGGCAUUGAAAAUUUUAAUGACCACAACAUUUUAUGUUAGACCGCAAUAUUUAAAACAAAAAUAUUUGGUGACGUAAAGAUUGAUAUUUUAUAUGCUGAGGGAUACAUGUAAUAAAAGUAUGUAUAGAAGUUAAAUUUUUAAAAUCUACUAUACAUAAAUAAUAUUUUGUGAACUAUAGAAAUAAAUUUUCUUGAAGUAAUCAAAUAUUUCGAUAUGUUUCUUACAGAACAAUUAAAGAACAUUCAAGGUUAAAUUUUAGUAUGGAAUAAUCAAAAUCAUAUGAUGUUUACUUUAUCAGAGACAAAAAUUUCAGGUUGAGACAUACUUGAAUUUGACUCAUUAUUUCAUUGAUAAUGACCUACAUUCUAACCUUACAUUGUAUGACACAUUUUUUGAAACAUUGAUAUUUUAAUAUAGGACAUCCUAACACUGCCACAGAAAGUUUAUAAAGAAAAAUGUGUAAAAAAUGUACUGAAUAACUGUAUGCAUGCUCUUUUUUUACCUCAUUUAUAGAAAAUGCAUAAUGUACACAUUGUCAUAAUUAGAUUUUUAUUUCAUUAUGUAGAUAACACUUGCUUUUAACUUGACAAUAAUACUUGGCAAACAUGAAACAACUACAUAUUUGUUAACUUGAAUACAUGCAUUCAAGAAAACUGAAGUCCAUAAUUUCAUUUUAGUUCGAAUUGAGACACACAAGAAUUUUUGAGUAUAUGUAAAUUGUCUCACCCAUUGCCAAAUAAACUUGAUGUUUUUGGCUAUAUAUUGUAUUAAUAAGGGUAUUUUAUACGAAGAGACAGUUUUUUUUAAAUUAACCUUUGUUAGAGAUCCAGCUUAAUUUAUUUUGUUCUAUGAAGUAUUAUACUGGCUUCUCAUUUCAUUCAAAUAGACAAUAUGUUCUUCUAAACAAUAGAGGGAUGUUGUUUGCCAUUGUAGGUUCCUAGAUAUAAAAUGUACCAUUAUAAACUUUCAGACUCUAUACAAUUAUGAGUAGACCUCAAUUAAACAAUAAGUUUCCUAAAUACAUCUGUAUCUUUAAUGACUUCCUUAUUACCUUUCCUGUCUUUUUAAGUGACAUACUGUGUGUAUCUUACAAAUCACUUAAAAGAGGGUAGGGAUUGGAGUUUGGGUCUUCAUUUUUGUUUGACACAUUAUUCUAUAUUGUUUUUUUGUCUAUCACUCUUUAUUCUUUAUAUUCUUUUGCUCACUUAUUCUAUUUUCUUCAUAUUCAAUCACUCAUUAUUCUUUUUUUUCUCCAUUUUUCUCUUCUUUAUUUUUGCCCUUUAUUCUAUCUGUAU